AUGAAUGCUCCGACUCUUAUGGGGCAAACGCACACAACUCGAUCUGCGCGCCUAGUAAAACUCGAUGCUGGCUUAGGCGUUCGUGAUUCUCAAGACUUUCCGGCUUGCGAGAAGCACGUUGGCAAAGGAUGGUGCUGCGUUGGAGAGGAUGGUGAAUGCUACGUCGAUCAAAAGUCCGUCUGCGAUGAGGACGGCUCUGUCCCCUGCACCAAUCUAGAAGAGGGGACGAGUGAGGCUUGCUGCCCAAAGUUAACGUUUUGUGAUCCUCCCCCAAAAGCCUCUCUAGACAAUGUCCACUGUCGGAUCAAGCGGAAGGAUCUUCUUGCCGCUGAAAGGGCAAAGAAUGACGAAGAAUCAACAACAUCCAGCACCACGACAGCUUCAAGUACCUCCACCGUGUCAGACGACUCAACGGCCAGUACUGCGACUGGCACAACCACAGAGUCGGAAUCGCCGACCAGUGAAUCGAACUUACCCUCGUCCGCAACAUCGUCACCCGAAUUGUCUCCCCAAGGCUUGACUACAGGCGGGAUCGCAGGAGUUGUCGUAGGAGCCGUGGCUGGCGGGGUGGCUAUCGCAUCUUUGGCAUUUUGGUUGCUAAAAAGGAGGAAGAGAACAGACAAUCAAGCUCCUAUACAGCCGACGAGCUACGAGUAUUACAACCCUCAGAGUAGAAAGCAUGAACAGGUUCAUUCACCGCAGGAAAUGGAUUCCCAGGAUGGACAACGGAUGAUCCUGAAGCCACCUGCGGAGCUUGGAACUUAG